AUGUUUUCCCAGCAGCCCCAGGACUUAGUGGUGGUGGCCGGCCAGCCUGUCACCUUGCCCUGGUCCAUCCCUGGUUACCACGGCGUUGUCCUGUGGAUCAAAGAUGGACUGGCGCUGGGUGUCGGCAGAGACCUAUCAGGCUAUCCUCGGUACACAGUGAUAGGAGACCACAGCUCCGGGGAACACCAUCUCCGUAUUCAACGCGUGGAGCUGAUGGACGAUGCCGUCUUCGAGUGCCAGGCUAUCCAGGCCGCCAUGAGGUCACGUCCUGCCCGCCUCACCGUGCUGGUUCCACCUGAGGACCCAGUCAUCAGCGGUGGUCCCGUGGUGAGCCUGAGGGCUGGAGACCCGCUGAACCUCACCUGCCACGCCGACAACGCCAAGCCUGCCGCCUCCAUCAUCUGGAUCCGUAACGGAGAGGUCCUGAAUGGAGCCAUGUACUCCAAGACUUUGCUUCGAGACGGGAGGCGGGAGAGCACAGUGAGCACCCUCUACCUGUCUGCCUCCAACAUCGAGACCGGACAGCAGAUCGUCUGCAAGGCCUCCAACAAGGCGGUCCCUAACGGCAAGGAGACAAGCGUCACCAUUGACAUCCAACACUUGCCGCUUGUCAAUCUGUCAGUGGAACCCCAGCCUAUCCUGGAAGGCAAUCUGGUCAGGUUCUACUGCUCAGCCAAGGCAAACCCCCCAGUGACGCAGUACAGGUGGGCCAAAGGGGGUCACGUGAUCAAGGAGAUCUCAGGGGACACCUACGAGGUCAUCGUGGACCACUCCUUCUUCACCGAGCCGGUCUCCUGUGAGGUGACCAACCCCCUGGGUAGCACCAACAUCAGCCGCAACGUGGACGUUUACUUUGGGCCCCGGAUGGCGGCGGAGCCCCAGUCUCUGCAGGUGGACCUGGGGUCGGACGCUGUGUUCAACUGCGCCUGGACGGGGAACCCCUCCCUCACGAUAGUCUGGAUGAAGAGGGGAUCCGGAGUGGUCCUGAGCAACGACAACAUCCUGACGCUCAAGUCGGUGAGGCAGGAGGAUGCUGGGAAGUACGUGUGCCGUGCCGUGGUGCCGCGAGUGGGUGCCGGGGAGAAGGAGGUCUCUCUCACCGUGAACGGCCCCCCGACCAUCUCCAGCACCCAGACUCAGCAGGCUCUACACGGGGAGAAGGGCCAGAUCAAGUGCUUCAUCCGGAGCACUCCGCCUCCAGACCGCAUCGCCUGGUCGUGGAAGGAGACGGUGCUGGAGUCUGGGACGUCUGGCCGCUACACGGUGGAGACGGUGUCCACCGAGGAGGGCGUCAUCUCCACCCUCACCAUGAGCAACAUCGUCCCGGCCGACUUCCAGACCAUCUAUAACUGCACGGCGUGGAACAGCUUCGGCUCCGACACCGAGAUCAUCCGGCUCAAGGAACAAGAGUCUCUCCCGGUGGCGGUCAUCAUCGGCGUGGCCGUGGGCGCCUUUGUGGCGUUCAUUGUCCUCAUGGGCACCAUCGGAGCCUUCUGCUGUACGCGCUCUCAGAGAAAUUUGAAAGGGGUGGUGUCGGCCAAGAACGACAUCCGCGUGGAGAUCGUCCACAAGGACCACAACGCAGCCCGGGAGAACGAGGAGCACGCCGCCAUGAAGCAGCUCAUGGUGGAGCGGGGAGAGUUCCAGCAGGAGUCGGUGCUGAAGCAGCUGGAGGUGCUGCAGGAGGAGGAGAAGGAGUACCAGCAUAUCAAGGACCCCACCAACGGCUACUACAGCGUCAACACCUUCAAGGAGCACCACACACCCACCAUCACGCUGGCGGGAAACCAGACGGCGGAGCUGCGCAACCCCGCCGCCACGGGCACGGUGGGCAAGCAGCGGGUCCCCACGGGUAUGUCCUUCACCAACAUCUACUCCACGCUGGGCGCGGGCCCGAACCGCCUGUACGACUACAGCCAGCGCUUUGUGCUGGGCAUGGGCAGCAGCUCCAUCGAGCUGUGCGAGCGCGAGUUCCAGAGGGGCUCGCUGAGCGACUCCAGCUCCUUCCUCGAUACGCAGUGCGACAGCAGCGUGAGCAGCUACAGCAAGCAGGACGGCUACGUCCAGUUCGACAAGGACAGCAAGGCCUCCGCCGCCUCCUCCUCCUCCCACUACUCCCAGUCCUCGUCCCAGAACUCGGACCUGACCAGGCCGCUGCAGAAGCGCAUGCAGACACACGUCUGACCCGACCCCUGGAGGAAGUGUGGGUGUGGGUGUGUGCGAGAUGGG